AUGACUAUCGAGCAUGACACCUCGGUCGUCACCAGCGACCGGCUGCCCAAAGGGUCGAAUCCCCCAGGGGCAGCGAGAUUUGUCGGCUGGGGUGACUAUCGCGACGGCCUGGAAGGUCAUUUUGCUUUCGCCAUGGCCCUCAAUGCUGUCAGCGAACAGCCCCAGGAGGAGAAUCGACGAGACCCAUUUGGCACUUUGCAGAAGGCCUUUGUUGAAAGGACCGAGUAUCUAUGGGAUCGCAAAGCGCGUACCCAGUCCUUCGCCCUUCUCUGGCGGGCCAUGUUCGACGACACCGACAUGGAAGGCCUGUCGGGCUCGGUGCUCUGUAUGGGCCAACCCACGGAUUCCACUUGUCGUGCGGUCGUCUUCAAACAUUUUGAGACGCCGAUCUGUCCAUAG